UUAUCGUGCAGCCCCAACUCACCUCUCCUCUCCCCUCCCCAUGGCGACCACGCCCAACCCACCAAACCCUAGCUCCCUCCUCGACGACGACCUGCCGCCGGAGCCUCAGCCUAAGGGCCGGGACAACAACAGCAAGACCAACAAGGUCUGGAAACCUAAGGUGCGGGACCCCCCAGAGAUGCCCCCGGAGACGGAUCCCGAGACGCCGGAGCAGGAACCGUCGGAGCCGGACCAGGACCCGGAGCCGCCGCUCCCCACCGACGCAAUCGAGCCCACCCCGUCCGGCGGGGAGGAGGACGAGAGCGGCGACGACAACUCCGCCUCCGUCUCCUCCGUCUCAUCCGCCCUCGCGGCGGCCGACCUGGCUCCCCCCACCACGGGACCAUCCGGCGCCGACCGCCCCUUCCCAGCAGCCAAGGACCUGCUCCACAUCUCCUUCAACCAGGACUACGGCUGCUUCGCGGCCGGCACAAAGUCCGGCUUCCGCAUCUUCAACUGCGACCCCUUCCGCGAGAUCUUCCGCCGCGACCUCGGCCCCACCGCCCCCAACCCCCCCACCUCCCAGCCCCAAGACACCCCGACCCCACCCCUCAGCGGCGGCGGGGGCGGGGUCGGGGUCGUCGAGAUGCUCUUCCGCUGCAACAUCCUCGCGCUCGUCGGCGGCGGCGACGCGCCCCACUACCCGCCCAACAAGGUGAUGAUCUGGGACGACCACCAGAGCCGCUGCAUCGGGGAGCUCUCCUUCAAGUCGCCCGUGCGCGCCGUGCGCCUCCGCCGCGACCGCAUCGUCGUCGUGCUCGACGCCAAGGUCUACGUCUACAACUUCGCCGACCUCAAGCUCGUCCACCACAUCGAGACCGCGCCCAACCCCAGGGGCCUCUGCGCCGUCUCCCAGCAGCCCGGCGCCACCGUGCUCGUAUGCCCCGGCGCGCAGAAGGGACAGAUCAGGGUCGAGCACUACGGGGCCAGGAAGACCAAGUUUAUCAACGCGCACUCGUCCCGCGUCGCGUGCUUCGCGCUGUCGCAGGAUGGGAGGCUCAUCGCCACCGCCAGUACCAAGGGGACGCUUGUAAGGAUCUUCAAUGCCGCCGAGGGAAACCUUCUACAAGAAGUAAGGAGAGGAGCUGAUAGAGCAGAAAUAUAUAGCUUGGCUUUCUCAAAUAAUUUACAGUAUUUAGCUGUAUCUAGUGAUAAAGGAACAAUUCAUGUGUUCAAUUUAAAGAUAAACGUGGGUUUGACGACAAAUGAUAAGCCUCUGCCAGCUCCAGAGCCCGAUGUUCCCCAUAUGAGUCCAUCGUUUUCUUUUAUUAAGGGCGUGUUACCUAAAUAUUUCCACUCCGAGUGGUCUGUUGCUCAAUUUAGGCUCCAUGAGGGUGAGCAGUACAUUGUUGCAUUUGGCCAUGAGAAGAAUACUGUGGCUGUUGUUGGUAUGGAUGGAAGCUUCUAUCGCUGCCAGUAUGACCCAGUCAAUGGAGGAGAAAUGCAGCAGCUGGAGUGCCACAAUUUCCUAAAACCAUCAGACCAACCGUAGCAAAGCAGCCUCAGUUAAUUAUUAUGUGCCUUGUACCAUGGCUGUACAGUAUCUCUGUAUGCUCUCGCACGCCUGAGCCUUAAGAAAAUGCUAAUAUUAUUUGUAAAUAUUUUUCAUGGUGACGAUGGCAUAAAUGUGUUCUGUGGAGGGGUAGAAGAAAGAAUCCUUGUGCAGAUGAACAUAAUAGAAUGCAUCUUUAUCUAUGAAUGCCUUGACGGUACUUUUGUGUUGAA